AUGCACCGCGUCCGAAAACUGGAAUUUAUGGGUCGCGACCGCAUCAGGGUAAUAAGUGGCACAAAAAUGCUGCAGAAAGACAAGAAAGUGCAACGCAGCACGAUUCCUCUGACUAAGGAGAGUUGUAAGGUGACAGCUUUCAGUACACCUGGAGGAUUGUAUCAGUACAAAGCCUUACCCUUCGGGAUGACCAUCUCGCCAGCAGCUUUUAACAAAGUCAUGCGCGAGGUCAUGAGAGACAUGGCCCAGGCACUCCUCCUCAAACCACGACAGGACACACAUCCCUGGCGAGCGACACCCCACCUAUACUGGAAAAUAGCACCAAACGCCUUCUGCAACGAACAUUUUAGUGAAGUGUGGUGUAAAUGGUGCAUCGUACCAGUGACUUGGUGUGCGGAAGCCAAACUCCCUGACUGUAACAAGUGUCACCCACUAUACUGGCACGCCAAACGUGAAGAAGCAGAAGACAACUCAGACUAUGAACCCGAGUGGGACACCCCCGAUUCCUCGUACGACGAAGGGAAUGUGAGUUCAAAAAUUGUGAGACAGAGCUUCUACAACCUACUGACAAACCUCAAGAACAACAACAUCAUCAAGCCAAGAGAGGGAGAGAUCAAGCAAACACCAUACAAGGAGGACAUGAACUUCCACCUAACAAACGACCCAAACCACAAGAUACUCCAUGCAAUGCUACUAGGAGCCCGCUCAGACCACGUCGCCUAUCAUUCUCCGGGACCGAAUCUAAUCAAUCCCCACGACGAACAGAGGGAAAUUAUGAUGCACUUGGAACUGCCCCACUUGACGAAAGACGACCAAGAAAUGGCAGAAGCAGCAGCCCAAAUGGAGACGGAAACAAGGAAAACGACCCAGAAGAGAGCGGCACAAGAAGACCUACAGGAAAUUCUCCAAGACCUGGAGGAAGUGGACUGGACGAAGCCGAUGGAAGGAGAAUACAGAACGAAAACAACACCAAACCUACCGACCCAACUCCGGGGCCUUCCACAAGACCGGACGAAAUGGACACCAGGGGACUGGAAGAGGAUCAAAAUGAUCAACAAACACCGUUCUGGACAUUCAUCGUCCGCACACGACCAAUCCCCAAGGCAAGAGGAAGACGCCCCAUCUUCACCAUUACGGAUCACCGUGACCACUGGCAUAUCACAUUCCAAAGCCUCCAGAACAACAAGUGGACUAGACAAUGACGCCGUGGACGGACCAGAAAGACCAUGCAUCACAGAAGAUGAUCCAUGCCCAUAUAUGAACUACAAGAGAGACCAUCGUACAGAAACACAAACAAUGAAAGACAGAGACUACGACUUCAUGCAAAGCCUCAUCCAAGAUAAACAAGCAAAAACACUACCAGACCUCAUACAAUCCCUCUCCCAAGAAGAAUUCAGAACUCUCUACAUCACCCUAGGCAGCACAGACAUCGGAUACUGGGUGCCACAAACCGACAGCGACGCCCUGAAAUCCCGGACAAAAACAUUCAACCUAGUCCUCGAAAUAAAAGGCUACGCAGACCGAGCAAACACCCAGUUCAAACUGGACCCUCCACCAGGCACCAUCAAGCCCGCUGACUGGCUCGCCAUCUACGACGCCAACAAGGAGAACAUAGACAAAUAUGUCAGAGUGUGUGAAGGGGAUCGCCUACUAGUGGACGUUCACAACUCUGUGCUUGGCUGCACCGACUCGAUCCACUGGCACGGGAUACACAUGAAGAACCAACAGUAUUACGACGGCGUGCCUUAUCUCACGCAGUGCCCCAUUGCUGGCAAUGCCUUUCGCUACGACUUCCGGCCCGAUGAUUCUGGCACGUACUGGUGGCACUCUCACUCCGGUCUGAAUCGUGGCGAGGGCGUCUUCGGGGCCUUGGUGGUGCGGCAAGCAGAGGACCCUCACCGCAACCUCUACGACACCGACCUCCCCGAGCAUGUCAUGGUCAUCCAUGACUGGGGCCAUGUGCCGAUCACCUCGAAGUUCGCGAGUCGUCAUCAUAGCACCGACGACGACUUUGUCAGAACCAUCUUGAUUAACGGAAAAGGAAGGAACACCGCCAUCCAGGCGGAGCAAGGCGUCGGGGCAACACCAGUGCCGUUGCCGCUGGAGGUGAUAAAAGUGGUGUCAGGAAAGAGACACAGGCUAAGGAUCAUCAGCACCUCCGUUCUCAACUGUCCCGUCGUUGUCUCCGUGGACGGCCAUCGCCUCACCAUUAUUGCUACUGACGGGAGUCCUAUAAAGCCCUUCGCCACGGACUCGUUUGUCAUAUAUGCCGCGGAGCGAUUUGAUGUUGUGAUUGAGGCAAACCAGACGGUCGACAACUACUGGAUCAGGUUCAACGGACUUAUCGACUGCCAGCAGUUGCAAUGUGUGCAGGGCGCCGUGCUGCGCUACUACGGGGCCCCUGACCAAGACCCGACCGCACCUCUCACCUACACCGCCGACUACCCCUCAGGCGUGGUAGUGAAUCCUCUCAACACGGCCGGAGACGCACCGGAGGAGGUCACUAUAGCCGAACUUGAUGCCCUUGUGUCCAGCAGUCUGUCCACGAAUGUAGACAAGAAGUUCUAUCUCGGCUUCGAUUUCCAUCGAGUCAACAAUACACUUAUCUACAACCCAUACCUCUACCCCUAUAAUGGAGUGGGUGACGAAUGGCGGAUCAAUUCGCCAAUGAUUAACGGCAUCGCCUUUAAACACCCGCAAUCCCCACCGCUUUCCCAACCCUACGCGGAAACCCCGACGCUCUGCAAAUACGACGAGACACCUUUGUGUGAGGGAGACUUUUGUAGCUGCUUCUACGUGCUGGAAGUAGACCUGCACGAGACGGUGGAGUUUGUGCUGGUGGACGAGGGCAAUGUUGGAGACGAGAACCAUCCAUUCCACCUGCACGGCUACAACUUCGAAGUGGUGGCCAUAGGAAGGAUUGGAAGCAUGACGACAGUGGCAGAGGUGAAGGCGCUGGACGCUGCAGGUGGCAUCAAUCGAAAGUUGGAAAACGCAGCCAAAAAAGACACUGUCACCAUUCCUGACGGUGGUUAUGUUGUUAUCAGAUUCACUGCUGACAAUCCAGGCUGGUGGCUGAUGCACUGCCACCUUCUCUUCCAUAACGUUUUUGGAAUGGCGGCCGCCCUGCACGUAGGGAAACCCGAGGACUUGCCGCCCGUACCUGAAGGUUUCCCCACCUGUGGCGACUUCGUGCCUCCCUACGACUAGUGGCCACACGUCAAACAUUGCUGCACCAAACCACCAGACUAUCUUAAACUCUUUUAAAUUACGUAUACAACCGCUAUUACUGAAAUGCAUGUCGAGCAUCUUUUCUCAUAAUUAGCAACUAACUUUGAUAUCUUAAAAGAUAAAAAUAAGAAACAAAGUAAAUGAUUAAAUACAAAAUAUGAAGUAUUAUAUAAAAA